AGAGGCGUCGGGACGACCGAGCUGAUGGCGUCUUCGACCCCUUCUUCGUCCGCAACCUCCUCGAACGCGGGAGCGGACCCCAAUACCACCAACCUGCGCCCCACAACGUACGAUACCUGGUGCGGAGUGGCCCAUGGAUGCACCAGAAAGCUGGGGCUGAAGAUCUGCGGCUUCUUGCAGAGGACCAACAGCCUGGAAGAGAAGAGCAGGCUUGUGAGUGCCUUCAAGGAGAGGCAGUCCUCCAAGAACCUGCUUUCCUGUGAAAACAGUGACAAGGAUGGCCGCUUCCGGCGCACAGAGACAGACUUCUCCAACCUGUUCGCCCGAGAUCUGCUUCCGGCUAAGAACGGGGAGGAGCAAACUGUGCAGUUCCUGUUGGAGGUGGUGGACAUACUCCUCAACUAUGUCCGUAAGACGUUCGAUCGCUCCACCAAAGUGCUGGACUUCCACCACCCCCACCAGCUGCUGGAAGGCAUGGAGGGCUUCAACUUGGAACUCUCUGACCACCCCGAGUCCCUGGAGCAGAUCCUGGUUGACUGCAGAGACACCCUGAAAUAUGGGGUCCGCACAGGUCAUCCUCGAUUUUUCAACCAGCUCUCCACAGGACUGGAUAUCAUUGGUUUAGCUGGAGAGUGGCUGACAUCAACUGCCAAUACCAAUAUGUUUACAUAUGAAAUUGCACCAGUGUUUGUCCUCAUGGAGCAAAUAACACUUAAGAAGAUGAGAGAGAUAGUUGGAUGGUCAAGUAAAGAUGGUGAUGGGAUAUUUUCUCCUGGGGGAGCCAUAUCCAACAUGUACAGCAUCAUGGCUGCUCGCUUCAAGUACUUCCCGGAAGUUAAGACCAAGGGUAUGGCGGCUGUGCCCAAGCUUGUCCUCUUCACCUCAGAACACAGUCACUAUUCCAUAAAGAAAGCUGGGGCUGCACUUGGCUUUGGAACCGACAAUGUGAUUUUGAUAAAGUGCAAUGAAAGGGGGAAGAUAAUUCCAUCUGAUUUAGAGACAAAAAUUCUUGAAGCCAAGCAAAAGGGUUACGUCCCUCUGUACGUCAAUGCAACUGCUGGCACCACUGUUUAUGGCGCUUUUGAUCCAAUACAGGAGAUUGCAGAUAUCUGUGAGAAAUACAACCUUUGGCUGCAUGUCGAUGCUGCCUGGGGCGGCGGGCUGCUCAUGUCCCAGAAGCACCGCCAUAAACUCAGUGGCAUCGAGAGGGCCAACUCUGUCACCUGGAACCCUCACAAGAUGAUGGGUGUGCUGCUGCAGUGCUCUGCCAUUCUUGUAAAGGAAAAGGGUAUCCUCCAAGGAUGCAACCAGAUGUGUGCGGGAUACCUGUUCCAGCCGGACAAGCAGUAUGAUGUCUCCUAUGACACUGGGGACAAGGCCAUUCAGUGUGGCCGCCACGUAGACAUCUUCAAGUUCUGGCUGAUGUGGAAAGCAAAGGGUACAGUGGGCUUUGAAAAUCAGAUCAACAAAUGCUUGGAACUGGCUGAAUACCUCUAUGCCAAGAUUAAAAACAGAGAAGAAUUUGAGAUGGUUUUUGAUGGUGAGCCUGAGCAUACGAACGUCUGUUUCUGGUAUAUCCCACAAAGCCUCAGGGGUGUUCCAGAUAGCCCCGAACGACGGGAAAAGCUACACAGGGUGGCCCCGAAAAUCAAAGCCCUGAUGAUGGAAUCUGGCACAACCAUGGUUGGCUACCAGCCUCAGGGGGACAAGGCCAACUUCUUCCGGAUGGUCAUCUCCAACCCAGCCGCUACCCAAUCUGAUAUUGACUUCCUCAUUGAGGAGAUAGAGAGGCUGGGCCAGGACCUGUAA